AUGGCUUCCAGCUUUCAAUACCUUCUUCUUCUUCUCCUCCUCUUCGCUUCUUCUUCUUCUUCUUCUGCUAAACUCUCUUUCAGACCCAAAGCCCUCGUACUUCCUGUCACUAAAGAUGACUCCACUCUCCAAUACAUUACUCACAUUCACCAGAGAACCCCACUCGUACCCCUCAACCUCGUCCUUGAUCUAGGCGGCCAAAAUCUCUGGGUCGAUUGCGAACAGCACUACACCUCCUCCACUUACCGCCCUGCACGCUGCAACUCCGCCGUCUGCUCAGCCGCCGACUUCUGGCACUGCGCCCAAUGCUUUGAGCCUCCCAGGCCAGGCUGCACAAACAACACCUGCACCCUAUUGGCGGACAACCCCCUCGACGCCACCAUUGCCGUCAGCGAUGUCGGCCAAGACCUCGUCUCCGUCCAGUCCACGAACGGAUUCUACCCGGGUCAAAACGUCUCCGUUUCCCGGUUCGUAUUCGGAUGUGCACCAAAUUACUUAUUGAGGCAACUCGCCGACGGAGCAUCCGGCAUGGCCGGUCUCGGUCGAACCAAAAUCUCUGCUCCUUCUCAAUUCUCUUCCGCAUUUAGCUUUCCCAGAAAAUUCGCCAUUUGCCUCGCUUCACAUUCAAAAGGUGUUGUUUUCUUCGGUGACGGCCCUUACGUUCUUCUUCCCGACGUCGACGCCGCUAAAUUUCUUAUUUACACACCCCUCAUACUCAACCCAGUAAGCACAGCUUCCAUUCCCAGAGAAGGAAAGCCUUCGUCGGAGUAUUUCAUCGGAGUAAAAUCCAUCAAGAUCGAGGACAAAGUUGUGCCCAAUAUCAACAAAAACUUGCUGUCCAUAAACAAGGAAGGUUUCGGUGGGACUAAGAUAAGUACAUUGAACCCAUUCACAGUUCUGGAGUCGUCGAUCUUCAAGGCGGUGACGGAGGCAUUCAUCAGUGCUAGGAACUACACCAGGGUGGUUGGUGUGGCUCCCUUCGAAGCGUGUUUCAGCAGCAACGGCAUCGGCAGCACGCGGUUGGGUCCGGCGGUGCCGACCAUCGAGCUUGUGCUUCAGAAUGAUGCGAGUUGGUCCAUUUUCGGAGCGAACUCGGUGGUUCAGGUAAAGGACGAUGUGAUGUGUCUUGGUGUAGUGAACGGAGGUGCCAAGCCGAGGACUGCGAUUGUGAUCGGAGGGUUUCAGUUGGAGAACCAUCUUGUGCAGUUCGAUUUGGCUUCUUCUAGAUUAGGGUUCAGCCCUUUGCUGUUUUGGAGGAGGACUACGUGUGCAAACUUCAACUUCACCUCCGCCGCAGGAACCGCCGCCGUUCUCCGCGACGAUCUGAAUGCAGAGUUUGAAAAUAAAAUGUCGUUUUCUGUGAUUGAGUAAUUGAUGGGACCAGACCGGUUGUGUUUUGUUGUACUUGGCUGAGCUGAAUCACUACUUUUAGUUUUGAUUCGCAGUUAAUGCCAAUUUAUGUAUCAAGGUCAUUUUGUCUUGUUUUUCAUAAUAACGUGUCCUUUUCUAAUUUCUACCAU